UGUGCGCGCGCCCGUUGCCAUCCUAGCUGCAUUCCUUCCCGGCUUCCUCCAUUAUUUUCUCCACCCCUUUCCCCUCUCUUUCUCUCUCUCCUCUACCCUCUCUAAAAGACUGGAUACUAUACAGAACAAUAGGAAAACAAAUAGAAAGGGGAGGAAGGAAGAACGAACAACACCUACCGAGCAAGACUUGGUUCUUGAGCACUCCAUGGGCUGUUGAAUUGUCCCCCAGGAAUCCUCUCCUACUUUGACGAGAUUCAUACAGAGAAAUAGUUCUUGAUUUUCCCCCCUUCCUUUUGCUCAGGAAUUCAGGGAACUGCUUAUUUCUACUUUGUUUUUUUCCCCGUAUUUGUUUCGUUGGGAUUUCCUUUGCUCCUUUCUUCUUCACCUGUGGGGAGGUGAAGGGCAGAGGGAAUCAUGGGGAAGCAAGGACCCUGCCGUCAUUGCGGAGUUACAAGUACUCCCCUUUGGCGAAAUGGGCCACCAGAUAAGCCAGUGCUCUGCAAUGCAUGUGGCUCGAGAUGGAGAACGAAGGGUUCGUUGGCAAACUACACUCCGAUGCAUCGCAAGGAUGACAUUGAUGAUGAUGAACCUAGAGUUAGCAAGCUGAAGCCGCCAACAUCAAAGUUCAAGUCACAGAAGAAAAAAGCAAGUCACAUCAUAAUGGAGAAUGUUCUAUUUUCUGGUCAGAAUUUUCGAAAGAUGGGGGAUGCUGACACAAGCAAUCGAUCUAGUUUGGGGUCUGCAAUAUCAUACUCUGAGAGUUGCGCCCCAUAUGGCGAUGUUGAUGCAAGUGAAAUGAGUGGUUCAGCACAAUCACAUGCUUGGGAGUCCCUAGUGCCAUCAAGAAAGAGGAGCUGUGUCACCCGUCCAAAGGCUUCGCCUGUAGAAAAGCUUGUAAAAGAUCUUAAAUCCAUCAUGCAUGAAGAUCAGUUAUAUUACCUUUCAGGAUCCUCAGAGGAAGACCUACUGUACCAUAGUGAAACUCCUGUGGGUUCCUUUGAAAUAGGCUCUGGAAGUGUCCUUCUAAGGCAUCCGAACUCGAAAUCACCGGAGGAAGAAUCAGAAGCAAGCUCCAUUCCUUCAGAUGGUAAAUCAUAUAUUACAAGUGAAUCAUAUUCAGGGUCUCCCUUGUUUGUUGUUCACGAUGUAAACAAGGGAACAGUCAACUUAAAGGCUGGCAUUGCGGGGCCAAAGAGGUUGCCACUGCAUAUUGAAGAUAAUGCUAGCAGGGAUAAACUUCAUUGUGACAAACAGCAUAUCCUGGAGAGCAUUGACUCACCUUUAGUCUCAGUAGAUUUAGAGGAGAAGGAGAUUAAGGAAAUUGGGGUAGUGGAGAAUAUCAGUGAAUCAAUAGGCUUCGCUGGGUCCACCAUGAAACUGCUCAAAAGAUCUCAUGACACCCAUAUUCAGGGUGACUCAGGUUUAUGAUUGGACGACAGAGCUCAGAGAUAGAUUUCGCUCUCACCAAGUGGCAUGACAAUGCAGCUGGAUCCGAUUGCUAAAGUACAUGGUCUUUCACAUGCUGAAAAAUACUAGGAGCUCCCUGACGCAUGCCCUGAAGGACAGGAGAACGUGUGGUUCCCUUCUAAAUGUUGACACCCAAGCUAUGAUGAAAGAGAACAUUUGAGCAAAUUAGGGGGCUAAAAGGAUUUGCAUCUGACACAUUACCAUGUAAUGUGCUGAUGAAUUUCUAUGUAGAUGUAGGAGAGCCUAAUGAAGUGUCAGCGAUUUCUGAUGAGAUGAAGGGAAAAAAAAGUCCCUUUUGAUGUCUGCACUUAAAAUAUUUGGAUAAAGAGCUGCGCUGUUAAGGAAGAUGCUGAUGAAAUGGAGCGAGUGUUUAGCCAGAUGAUCGCUGUGUUAUUGCCAACUGGGCUACUUGUAUACCACAUGGGAUAGCAUGUACUUAGCUGAUUUUGAGACCAGGCAUUUUUGCAAGAAUAGUACUAUCUUGCUUCCCGUUGCAAGGUUGGUAUUUGGUAACUUGGUAUGUAUAAUCCACUGUCGUCCUGGUGUGACCUGAGAGUUAACACUAUCCUGUGAAUACCAACUUUGGAGGAGUGUGCUAACA